AUGGCUACCCAGCUCUGCUCCCCCAUCUUCUCUUCAGGGUCUGUCAAGGGCCUCUGCGGCUCGGCAGCUGGCACUUCUCGGGUGUCCGCUGCCUGCUCCAUGGGCUCCUUCCGGGCUCCCAGUCUUGCUGGUGCUGCGGGAUCUGCCUCUACUGGCAGGAUGGGCUUCUCCAGCCCUGGGAGCUGCUCCUACCUGUCCUCUGGGUGUGCCCCCUCUGGCUUUGCUGGGACUGGGUCCUGGUUCUGCGAGGGCUCCUUCAAUGGCAGCGAGAAGGAGACCAUGCAGUUCCUGAACGAUCGUCUGGCCAACUACCUGGAGAAGGUGCGGCAGCUGGAGCGGGAGAAUGCGGAGCUGGAGUGCCGCAUCCGGGAGUGGUACGAGACCCAGAUCCCGUACAUCUGCCCAGACUACCAGUCCUACUUCAAGACCAUCGAGGAGCUGCAGCAGAAGAUCCUGCUGACCAAGGCUGAGAAUGCCAGGCUGGUCCUGCAAAUUGACAAUGCCAAGCUGGCUACCGAUGACUUUCGGACCAAGUACGAGACGGAGCUGGGCCUGCGGCAGCUGGUGGAGGCCGACACCAACGGCCUGCGCAGGAUGCUGGACGAGCUGACCCUGUGCAGGGCCGACCUGGAGGCCCAGGUGGAGUCCCUGAAGGAGGAGCUGCUCUGCCUCAAGAAGAACCACGAGGAGGAAGUCAGCACACUGCGGUGUCAGCUCGGGGACCGGCUGAACGUGGAGGUGGAUGCCGCCCCCCCUGUGGAUCUCAACAAGAUCCUGGAUGAGAUGAGGUGCCAGUACGAGGCCCUGGUGGAGAAUAACCGCAGAGACGUGGAGGCCUGGUUCAACACCCAGACCCAGGAGCUGAACCAGCAGGUGGUAUCCAGCUCUGAGCAGCUGCAGUGCUGCCAGACAGAGAUCAUCGAGCUGAGACGUAACGUCAACGCCCUGGAGAUCGAGCUGCAGGCCCAGCAUAGCAUGCGGAACUCCCUGGAGUCCACCCUGGCGGAGACCGAGGCCCGCUACGGCUCCCAGCUGGCCCAGAUGCAGUGCCUGAUCAGCAACGUGGAGGCCCAGCUGGCCGAGAUUCGCUGUGAUCUGGAGCGGCAGAACCAAGAGUACCAGGUGCUGCUGGACGUCAAGGCCCGGCUGGAAUCGGAGAUCGCCACCUACCGCCGCCUGCUGGAGGGAGAAGACUGCAAGCUUCCUGCCCACCCCUGUGCCGCAGAAUGCAAGCCUGCCGUUAGGGUUCCUUACGUCUCCAGCGUGUCCUGCGCCCCGGCUCCCCAGGUCAGCACCCAGAUUCGAACCAUCAAGGAUGAGAUCAGAGACGGGAAAGGCAUGUCCUCCAGGGAGCACAUGAAGGCCUGCCAGCUGUAG